GCAAACUCCCUUCGCUCCACCCUUUGGUGAUCCAGAACCCUGGAACCACCCAUGUCGCUAAUUUAAAUUGAUUGCUGAACAGUUUACUCGGCUGCUACUUACAGCUUUUUGCCCUAGACCGCUUAAUCUUACGAGGCCGCGGAGAGCCAGCGCCGGGUCCCUGUCCUGCGCCAUGAGUCCCGCCCGGCGGUGCGCCCCCGAAGUGCUGGGCCGCCUCAAUUGGCUGACUCCGCUGCUGCCGCUGCUGCUGCUGCUGCUGCUGCUGUGUCCCCGCGCUUCUCGGGGUGACUGCAAGCCUCCCCCAGAUAUGCCUAAUGCUCAGGCAUCAUUGAACGGUCUUACAAGUUUUCCUGAAGGAUCCCUGGUAACAUACACAUGCGAUCAAGGGUUUACUAAACUUCCUGGCAAGGCAGACACAGUGUUCUGUCUCAAGGGCGAUGUAUGGUCAGAAAUCGAAGAAUUUUGUAAUCGUAGCUGUAGUGUUCCAACCAGGCUACGUUUUGCAUCUCUUCAAAGCAUUUAUAACAAUCAAAAUUACUUCCCACCGGGUACCGUUGUGGAAUAUGAUUGCCGUGGGGGCUACUCAAGAGACCAUUCCCUCUCAAACACUCUAACUUGCCUUCAGAAUUAUACAUGGUCCAAACCAGAGAAAUUUUGUAAAAAAAAAUCAUGUCCUAAUCCUGGAGAAAUACUAAAUGGUCAUGUCAAUAUAAAAACUGACAUAUUAUUUGGUGGACUCCUCACCUUCUCAUGUAAUACAGGGUACAAAUUAGUUGGUGUAACUUCUACUUACUGUCUUGUUAGGGGAGAUAAUGUUGACUGGGGUGAUCCAUUUCCAGAGUGCAAAGGAAGUCCUCCAAUUUCUAAGGUCACACCAGCUCCUCAGAAACCCACCACAGUAGAUGUUUCAGGUACCAAAGCCCCAUCAACUCCUCAGAAACCCACCACAGUGGAUGUUCCAGGUACUAAAACUCCAUCAACUCCUCAGAAACACACCACAGUAAUUGUUCCAGCUGCAGAAGUCGCAUCAACUCCUCAGGAACUCACCACAGUAAACUUUUCAGCUACAGAAGCCCCAUUGACUCCUCAGAAAUCCACAUUCAAUAUUCCAGCUAUAGAAUUCCCCUCAUCUCCUCAGAAACCUAUCACUGCAAAUGUUGCAGCUACGGAAGCCACAUCAACUCCUCAAAAACCCACUAAAAUAAAUUCUUCAGCUACAAAGACCCUACUAAUUUCUCAUAAAUCCACCUUACAUGUUCCAAAUAAUCCUCAGAAACCCACCUCAAAUAUUUCAGUUAUGGAAACCCCAUCAUCUCCUCAAAAACCCAUCACAGCAAAUGAUUCAGUCACAAUAGCCAAAAUAACCCCUGUAUCAAAUGCUCUGUCUACAGAGACCCCUCCAGCAGCCCAGACUCCCAUCACGGCAAAUUCUUCUGUUACACAAGCUACCCCCAAAACCCAAAGACUCACAACAGCAAAAGCUUCAUUUACACGGAGUCUUCCAGGAACACAAAAGUUCACUGCUGCACAUGCUCCAGUGACUAAGAGUCUCCACACAACACAAAGACUGCCCUCUGCUCCUAUUUCAGCAACACGGAGUACAGCUGUUCCCAGGCUAACCACGCCUUCUCAUGCAAGCACACCUAAAGGAAAAGGAACCCCUUUUGCAGGGGCUAGCGCCAUUGCAUUUGGAUUUGUUGCUGGUGCUUUAAUAAUUGGCAUCGUAAUUCUAGGCAUAAUUUUCUGGGACCGUGGAAAAUCAGGGACAUACAUUUGUAACACUGACAGUUUUGCUAAUGACACUAGCAGCCACUGGCUAUUUGAUCUAGCCAAAGAAGAGAGAAGAAGAAAGUGCACAGAAGUACACAGACUACUUGUAGUUUCCUAUAAGUUUCUGGAGCCAUGGACACAAUAUAUGCAGUAGUGCUCUUCAUUUUGCAUGUUAUCAUUGUCUUUAAGGUGCAUAGAAAUGUCAAUGAUGCAAGAAGAAAUGAAUCUGUCCUGGAAUCACAUUCUCAAUACUUCUAAACCUCUUAAAAAUAAAACAACUCACAAGACUGAGAGCGACUAAUUUCCUAAAAGUGUAGGAAAGUGUCAAGCUUUAUUUAUGCUCAGAAGAUGAGCAUAAAGAAAAGGAAAUAAGUGAUAUAUUACACUGGUUAUGUAAUAUUAUUUUUACUUACAAAAAUAAAACAACUAAGCCCUGGCUGGCAUAGCUCAGUGGAUUGAGUAUGGGUUGCAAACCAA